AUGUCGCCAGUCCAAGAUUAUGCUGGCAACAGCAGCAUCGAAAAUAGCCCUGAUCAGUACUACCGCAGCGCACGGAAAUCGCUGCGCCCACUUCCACAAGCUCCCAAUACCGCCGCCACACCCACACAGGGCAAGCGGAAGAGCUCAUACCACGAUCGAGCCAAGGCUAUCGACCGUGUUUCACAGAACUAUUCAGAUGAUCCUUUCGUCGAGCCUGCGCGGCAGCCCGUACAGCCCGUGUCAUCAUCACCAUAUACGCCACGACCGAAAGUACAAAAUGCCGCAUCAAGUCCUAUCCACACGACUUUCAAAGCUCCAGACUUCGAAGAGUUGCAGAAAUCUUCCACAAGCCAGUUGAGAGCACUCUCGAAGUUCACCCAUGACGCCGCACCCGAAGACUUCGGAAUCACCCAGGUCAACUCAUCAGUCGUAGGUCUGACGAAUCGACGACAACUGAAGCGCGUUGAUUCCGCGCCUGGCCAGAGGCAAAAGCCCCGAGGCUAUGGCUUUGAGCGCAAUUGGAUGGACAAACAACGACAGUUCCUGGCAGCCUAUGAGUAUCUCUGCCAUAUUGGCGAAGCAAAAGAAUGGAUCGAAGACAUCAUCGGGAAGCCGAUCCCUCCUAUCGUCGAGCUGGAAGAAGCCCUUCGCAACGGCGUCACUCUUGCCGAGAUAGUGCAAAUCUUUUAUCCCGACCAGCAGCUCAAGAUUGUCAGAGAUCCUAAGCUCAAGUUUAAGCUCACUGACAAUAUCGUCCUGUUCUUUCGCUUUUGCGAGGAGAUCGGCCUGCCAGACCUCUUUCGAUUCGAGCUUAUCGAUCUUUACGAAAAGAAGAACAUACCCAAGGUCAUCUACUGCAUACAUGCACUGUCAUGGCUAUUGUUCAGGAAGGGUAUGGUCGACUUCAGAAUAGGCAACCUGGUUGGCCAACUCGAAUUCGACCACCAUGAGUUGGAGCAGACUCAGCGCGGACUCGACAAAGCUGGUGUCAGCAUGCCCAGCUUCGCCGGUAUGGGAGCCAGCUUCGGAGCAGAGCCAGAGCCAGAACCAGUAGAAUCCGAAGAAGACCGCAUCGCAAGAGAGCUUCACGAGCAGGAAGGCACGAUAGCGGAUAUUCAGAGCCAGAUUCGUGGGGCACUGGUCAGGCUGAGGUUAGGAGAUACCAUGCAGAACCUCUGGGACGACGAGCAGCUCCUGAUCGAUCUUCAAUCUCGCAUUCGUGGUGGUUGGGCUCGCCAGGUGAUUGACUACAGGCUGCAGAUGCAGCGCUUCGCCACGAAUCUGCAGGCCAGCACACGCGGCUUCCUCGCCAGAUCGAAUCAAGAGCGCAAGGAGAGGAUGUGGAAAGCUCGUGAGAAGGACAUUGUCAAGCUGCAGAAUUUGAUCCGUGGUCGAAAAGCUCGCGUCGAGACCAAGCAGAUCAAAACUCUUGCCCGCAAAGAAGUUGAGGGCAUCAAGGCCUUUCAAGCGGCUGUUCGUGGCGCACUAGCCCGGAAAGACGCUUGCGAUCAAUACGACGCAGUUCGAGAAUCUGGUGCCAAAGUCCUCAAACUCCAGGCGGCCAUGCGAGGCAUGAUUCUCCGUCAGCAGCUGAAUGACGACCAGGAAAGACUUCAGUCCCACGAAGCUCGGAUCUGUCGGCUUCAAGCCAUCAUGCGUGCACAGGUCUCGCGUGAUACUUUGGCUUUGCAACAGCAGUCUCUCGAGCGAUUUACUCGCCAAUGGACAACCCUACAAUCAGUCAUUCGAGCGAGGAACGUUCGCCAGGAUAUCAAAUCGCUCAAGAAAGAUCUCUCAGCUCACAAAGAAACGAUCACGACUAUCCAAGCUGGAAUCCGAGGUGCAAAUGCCCGCGAAGAUCACAACCUGCUACGGCUGUCUCUGCUUCGACAGUCUGCAUCUACAGCGCCACUGCAAUCGAAGCUGCGAGGAUUCAUGCUCAGGCAUCGUAUACAACGUCAGCGACAAGCUCUCGAACGGCACACAGCGUCAAUAAGCAAACUACAAGCAGCGUCUAGAGCUUCCAUUCUUCGAGAGAGAGUCGCUUUUCAAUUAGCAGAGCUCGAGUCACAUACCGAAGAGGUUGUCGCGCUGCAGUCUCUUUCGAGGGGCUUGCUGGAACGAUCGCGUGUUGGCGCACUGCUAUCCGAGCUUGAUGAGCACGAUGAUGCAGUGACAGAUCUGCAGGCACUGAUACUCGGAGGUCUGGUACGCAAAAGAUUCGCAGAAAAGAAGAAGUAUUUCAAGGAGAACAUGGAGAAAGUCGUCAAAAUCCAAAGCGUAAUGCGGGCCAAGAUUCAGGGUCAGGCUUAUAAGAGCUUGACAUCUGGCAAGAAUCCUCCAGUCAACACGCUGAAAGGCUUCGUUCAUUUGCUCAAUGACAGCGACUUCGACUUCGAGGAAGAGAUUGAGUUCGAGAGAUUGAGGAAGCUGGUCGUUCAGCAUGUCCGUCAGAAUGAGCAUGCGGACCAGUACAUUCAACAGCUCGACAUCAAGAUUGCUCUUCUGGUGAAGAACAAAAUUACCUUGGAUGAAGUUGUCAAGCACCAGCGACAUUUUGGAGGCCAUGUUGGCUCACUGCUGCCAAACUCCGACAUAUCAUCGAAGGAUCCUUCCGACCUCAAAGCUCUCAACAAGACAUCAAGGCGGAAGCUGGAGCAUUACCAAGAUUUGUUCUUCCUGCUCCAGACACAGCCACAGUAUCUGGCAAGGCUUUUCCGCCGAGUCCGUGAACAGAACAUUGCGGAGAAGGAAAGCGAGAAAAUCAAGCAUGUCGUUAUGGGAUUAUUUGGAUAUGCUCAGAAACGACGAGAAGAGUACUAUCUGACGAAGCUCAUUUCGCGAUCAGUCAAAGAAGAGGUCGAUUCGGCGAUGUCGUUGCAGGACUACAUUCGGUUGCAUGCUUUUGGUACCAAGCUUUUCGCUGCAUAUGUCAAGUCACCUCGAGAUCGGAAAUUCCUACGAGAUAUCAUGGGCGGCCUUGUGAAGGAGAACUUCUUGGACAAUCCUCACUUGGAUCUCGAAAGCGACCCUCUUCAGAUCUACCGUUCCGCCAUUAACAAUGAGGAACUACGUACGGGCCGACGAAGCUCAAGAAACCCCAACGUCCCACGCGAAGAGGCCAUCCGAGAUCGUGAGACCAGAGAGACCUUUAUCCAGCAUAUGCAAGUACUGCGAGACAUAACUGACCAGUUCCUGCUGUGCCUGGAGGAGUCGAUUCACCGAAUGCCGUUCGGCGUGCGGUAUGUCGCCCAACAGAUGCAAUCUCAUCUUACUACGCGCUUUCCAGGGGAAGAUGCCGGCUUCGUCCUUCAGUUGGUCGGGCAGUGGCUAUGGAAGAACUACCUGCAGCCUGCUCUUCUCGAGCCGGAGAAGUUCGGUGUUGCUGAUCGUGCGGUCACGCAAGAACAGAAGAGGAAUUUGGGCGAGGUGUGCAAAGUUCUGAGCCAAGCUGUUGCUGGUCGGGAGUUUGGAGGCGAGAAUGUCUAUCUCCAGCCGCUGAACAACUACGUCGGCGAGGCUAUUCAGCGGUUUGGAGACAUUUGGAACCAUGUAACAUCGAUACCGCCGGCGGAAGAACAUUACGACAUCGACGAAUUCAACGAUCUGUACGCCAAAACAAAACCAACACUGUACAUCAAAAUGUCCGACAUCUUUUCGAUACAUCAACUCCUUACUUCCGAGAUCAGCGCUGUCAGCCCGAAUCAGGACGACAUUCUGCGCGACAUCCUUCGCGAGCUGGGUAGUGUCCAGAGCGCCGAAAAUGAGCUUGGCAGAAGUGUCAGCUCGGGAGAGAUCAGCCUGACAUUGACCCCGAAGAUGCAUAAUGCAGAAGAUCCUGACGCGGAGAUCAAAGCUCUGUGGACGGAGACCAAACGCUGUGUUCUUCACAUCAUUCGGAUCCAGUCUGGACCUAGCCUUCUUGAGAUCCUGGUCAAGCCAAUAACGCCCGAGGACGAGGAGAAGUGGGAGACUCUUGUCAACGAGGAGCUUCUCUCUAAUGGCCGUCGUGGCGCCUAUGCCGAUGCGAACAACAUCCUCGACAUCAGCGCCCUCUCGUACCCUGACCUCAAACAAAUCGCUCUUGAGAAUGUCCUCCAGCUUCAACGCAUCGGUCGUCUCUCACAGUACAACAACUACCAAGACCUCCUAAACGACAUCGCCGUGGACAUCCGCACCAAGCAUCGUCGCCGCCUGCAACGUCAACGCGAGCUCGAGAACGUCAAGACCACACUAGCACGCCUGAACGAACAAGCCGUCUACCUCGAGCAGCAACUGAAGACAUACAAUGACUACAUCGAGCAAGCCAUGGUCACCCUCCAAAAAGACAAGCGAGGCCGCAAGCGUUUCGUGCUUCCCUUUACGAAACAAUGGGACCACGAGCGCGAACUCCAACGCUCUGGCCGAUCGUUCAAGUUCGGGUCAUACAAGUACUCGGCCCGCAAUCUUGCUGAUAAAGGCGUCUUGGUGCAUUGGAAAGGGUAUCAAGAGCGGCAGUGGGAUCGUGUGGACUUGACCUUUUCCUCGAAUGCGGUCGGUGUCUUCACGAUCGACGGCAGCAGUGGCAAUAUGAUGAUCCCUGGUGCCAACGCGCAGGUGACUUUGGAUGAGCUGCUACAGGCGCAGUUCAACAACACGCAGUUCUUGGAGUUCUUUGAGGGUGGUGGGUUGAGGGUCAAUGUUAACUUAUUCUUGCAUUUGAUUAUGCGGAAGUUCUAUAAUGAGUGA